CGAACUUCAACUCUCCGAUUCAAUCAAUAAUACGCAUUUACCGCGCCAGAAGACCGGCGCGCACCAUCGUUUGGGCCAUUGAGUGCCAGAUCCUCAGCUGUUCAUUCCUUGGUCUGCCGGGCUUGGUCCCUCAAACCUCCGGCCUUCUAUCCGCGCGUGGCAUUCGCCUUUAAUCCGCUUGUCGCGCACAGCCAGUGCCAUUCGAAUCCAAUCUCAGUCGCAAAGCAUGGCGGCACCUCACACUGCUGCUCAGCAGCACCAGCAUCCUCAGGGCCAAGGCCUCCCUUCUAUUAGCAGCCUGACCAAUGGUCUUCCACCUUCCGCGCCAAUAUCGCCCGACCAGCAAUCCGCCUCAGACUCGACACGCGAUUCGGGUACCUGGCCGCAACCGCAGAGCAAGCACAAUUCGGCCAACAGUCAAGGCCUACAAGUCCACACAUUGCUGAACCCGGAUGAAUCACCAUCCCGCCACUCUGUCCCCAGCACCCCGCUGUCGGCGCGGGUGCCAAACUCGGCUCAAUCAGCCGGAUCUCAACUGCCUUCUAUCAAUCAAGGCUUCAACGAUGGAUCGAAUCAUCUGGCGCCACAUUUAGACUCGCGACGAAGCAGCGUAGACAGCCGCAUGCACCAGGGAUUCAACUCGUUAUACAUAAAUGCGCCAACAUCGCCAUACGAGAGCGCGAAUAACUCUCAACUUUCUCUAGCUGCAAGUUUACGGAAUCCAAACAAUGGCAGGACGCCAAUGUCACCGCUCAGUGCUCGUUCUGGUAGUCGUGGUGGACUCACCGCGCCCAGAAUUGCGCCUCCUAUCAUGCCCGUAGGACGAGGUCCUGGUGUUCCCGAUCCUACCGCCGCCAAACCAACUCAAGGCUAUGCUUGGGCUUUCCCUGACGGCCCUAUACCAGAAGAACGACGCGGUUCGGAUAGUGGCGAGUCCAGCGCUGGACAUAUGUCCAGGCAAAACAGCUUUGCGGCUUCUUCCGUGCGCAGCAGCAUUUUUUCGACUGACUCUCAGCUCCCAGCUGGCCAGCGUACGUUUACCGAAGAUGAAGCGGCUACCACACAUCACCAUUCCAUGCAGCAUCGGACAAUUCAAAGCUUGCAGAGCGAAAGUAUGCCUCCGCAGGGCGUUGGCAAUUACAGCCGAACACCCGAGUUACGAGUGAGUCACAAGCUCGCUGAGAGGAAACGAAGAAGCGAGAUGAAAGACCUCUUCGAAGAGCUCAACAAAGCAGUUCCUGCCAACGGCGGCACCAAGGCAAGCAAGUGGGAGAUUCUCACAAAAGCCAUUGAUUACAUACGAAGUGUACAGCACAAUGAGCGUCAACUCCAUGCUGAAGUACAGCGACUACAACGAGACACCGAGUACGGUCGCGAGGCACAUAAGGAGAACGAGAUGCUCAAGACCGAAGUUCAAGUAAUGCAGCAACAUCUUCGCCGUCUACAGCCGGACAACCCUCAUAUCUAUGGUCAUUUCACAUCGCAACUCAGCCAACAACAGUCCCAAGGUCAGACGAACGGAUCUUCCGGAAUUUCACUGCCGCCAUUGAACACAGCACAAGGUGGCGGGCCAACUCCUUUCAAUGGUGUUGCGCCGUCAGCUCCGAUGGAGGGCGUGGCAUAUGGAGGCGGAUACGGGAGGUGAUGAUAUCCGAACUGCGCAUCUCUACCGCAUACAUCCUUCAUUGCUUACUGCAAUUGACGAACAUCUUCUGCGGGCCUGAGCUUUCCCCCGCUUUCCGGCGUCCUGAGUGUGAGCACUAUAUACCAUAUUCGCGAGUGAUUGUGCGGAGAUUCUGUACCGCAUGGGUGACAUGGGAUUGUGCGUGCGUAUGUAUUUUUUGUUUUGGCUGGGCUGGCUUUGACGGAGGGGCGACAGAACAGUUGCAAACUGUAAAACGUAGCCCUCUCGGCGUUGUUCUAUUGUGUGCAUCAUACUCGAGCGAGUGGCUCGGGUGAUGUAUUCUAGCAUAGCAAGCGGCACCAAAAUGCGAACUUGUGCAAG